AUGUGCAUCACUUUAGGCAGUUUCAAAAAGUCAGUAUUAGCAGAGUUAGGCAACAUUCUUGAUGAAGAUUUUGACACAAAUCUGGUUAAUAUACUUGUACAAGAGGUUGAAAAUAUUUGGCAGGAAAUUAAUACUUCUGCUCGAGAUUCUGUGUUUUUAAGUUGGGAAGAAUCUGUGUGGCCAAAUGUCGUAAAAGUAUUGGCAGAAGCAGCUAAACAGAUAUUGACCCAGUCGAAUGUAAAAGAAAACUAUUCCUCAAGUUUUUCUUCAAUACACAAAUCUCUUAAAGAUGCUUUUCGAGAUAAAAUAUCCACAUACAUCAGUACAAAUGACUUUCGACUUCAGGAUUGUUAUUCAGGCCAAAUAUAUGAAGCUGAUAAACCACCUAUGGGAAACAGCUUUAUUUCAGAGCAUCAAGAUGAGUCCUCACAAGUUAUGACGGAGUGUGCGAAUGAUAAUUUCCAGUGUUUUUCGAAGACAACCAAAAGUGGUCAAAUCAGUGUAUCAGAUAUUCCGUCAGAUGCAGAACUACUAAAACAAAUUCAAGCUGAACCUGUUAUCGAUAAAGACCAACAACCAAGUUUCCUAACUAAAUCAAUUGGGAGUGAGGUGAUAUUAACUCCUAAUGUGAGACCAACUGAUAGACGUUGUGUAUCUGAAAUUUUAUUAGAGCCUAUGGGUCCAUUAUGGGAUGAUUUCACGGAAGAAAUUGAUGAAGAAACUGCAGCUCAGUUGGACAGAAAUUUACCGACAUCUAACGAAAAUGAAAAAAUCUUUCAAAAACUUGUCAGUACACUUUCAAAACCUUAUAGUGAAAUGAAAUUUAUGGGUAAUACCGAAGACUCCAAAUUCAAUGAAAUACCAUCUCCUGAUAAAAUAGACCUGAAACCUCUGUAUGAAUUAACUCGUCAAUUAUCACGUCAUACAAACAGUCGCUGUAAACCAUUACAAGCUAGUCUUUCUCAAUCUUAUUUAAUGGAUAAGUCGAAAUGGGUUUUACCACAUUUAAAACUGCACAGUGAAGAAGAUGAAAAGAAAUUUCGAAGACAAAAACAACUACCAAAUAGUCGGCUGGAUGAACUAUUCGAAGAAGAAAUGGCGAAGCAUAGCAAUGUUGAUAUGAGAAAAGUAUCAUACAGCGAAGAUGAUAAUUCUAAUGAAAAAUAUGAAAAAAUUUUGUCGGAAUUAAAAAGUGAAGAACAAAAACUGAAUAAGUUAAAAUCGGAGUCUCUGGAGAAUGCCCAUAAAUCCAAUAAAGAUGCACUGUGGAGUACAGGAAAGGAUGCAAUCAUGAAUGAUAAAAAUGAUAAGCUCAAACUUUUAAAGGAAUGUGAGGCGAAAAUUGAAUCACUAAGAUUAGCUUUAAAAAAUGUGACAGUUGAUUUACCAUUCUGUGAUAUCUAUAUUAGUGGAAAAGAAAAACAUAACGAAGAGACUGAUGAUAUACAGAGUAACUUUCAGGCAAGGUUUCAUGCUGUAUGGCAGAAACUUAAACUUUCUGAAACUGAACGACAAUACUGUUUGGUGCACUUUUGUUUAAAAAAUUCUAGUGAAUUAAUUUAUACGGAAAAUAUAAAUAAAGCAGUGAAAAUGUUAGAACAAGCAGCAGAAUAUGUAGAACAGCGUGAAAUGUUACUGUAUAAAUUAGCAGAAAUUGAUGUUGAAACCAUGAAUAUGUCAAAAGACUUAGAAACACACACUUGUCGUAUGGAAUUAACUCGUUCAAAUGAACGCACAAAAAUACAAAAAAGCAUUAAAAAGUUGUCGAAACAAAUUGAGCAGAUUGCCAAGUGUUUAAAGACGAAAUUUGAUUAUACUUUAACAUUUGAUGGUCAAAAUUAUCUCACAAAGAUGAUUCACGAUCAAAGUGAUCUUGACUAUUUGCUGAGGAGAAAGCUGAAAGAAAAACUUGCAGAUAAUAAUGUAAAACAAGAUUUUCAUACUUAA